UAUCACCAGAGCCGGUGUCGCUUUUCCUACACGCGCAGAGCUUGAUCGAGGCAGGAGCGGCCCAGACAGUUCUGCCAGCCUGCCCCAGGGAUGGAGUCCCUCCCUGAAGCAGUUCUGAUCCGAAUCCUGGCUUCCAUUCCUGCGGUGGAGCUGGUGCUCGUGUGCCGCCUGGUCUGCUGCCAGUGGAAGAACCUGGUUGAUGGAGCUGCACUUUGGAUCCUGAAGUGUCAGCAGGAAGGCCUCACCAGGGCAGAUGCAGAGUCAGAUGCAGAGAACUGGCAAAGCUUCUACUUCCUGAGUAAGAAAAGGAAGAAUCUCAUCAAGAACCCAUGUGGUGAAGAAGACUUGGAGCACUGGGGAGAGGUAGAGAAUGGAGGUGAUGGCUGGAAAAUUGAAGAGCUCCCAGGGGACUUUGGAAAAGAAUUUCCUAGUGAAGAAGUCCAUAAAUACUUUGUUACAUCUUAUGAAUGGUGUCGAAAGGCUCAGGUCAUUGACCUUAGGGCUGAGGGCUACUGGGAAGAGCUGAUGGAUACAACCCAGCCUAAAAUCAUGGUAAGAGACUGGUAUGCAGGACGCAGUGAUGCUGGCUGCCUCUAUGAACUGUGUGUGAGGCUGCUCUCUGAGAAUGAGGAUGUGCUGGCUGAGUACAAAAGUGAGACUGUUACCAUCCCACAGGAUAACGAUGCCAGCUGGACUGAGAUCUCCCACACCUUUUCCAGCUACGGUCCUGGGGUCCGUUUUGUGCGCUUUGAACACGGUGGGCAGGACACGCUGUUCUGGAAGGGAUGGUAUGGUGUCCGUGUCACCAACAGCAGUGUGACAGUGGAGCCAUAGCUAUGCUUAACCAGGAUCUGCAUGCUGGAGCUGACUUCCCUCAGGGCAUCCCCUAGCCUUGGGAUGGUUUCUGCAUGGUGCUGCCUCUGGCUAUA